AUGGGCGAGUGGAGUUUCCUGGGCGACUUCCUCGAGAAGGUGCACAAGCACUCCACGGUGGUGGGGAAGGUCUGGCUGACCGUGCUCUUCAUCUUCCGCAUGCUGGUGCUGGGGACGGCGGCGGAGUCGUCCUGGGGGGACGAGCAGUCCGACUUCAUGUGCGACACGCAGCAGCCCGGCUGCGAGAACGUCUGCUACGACAAGGCCUUCCCCAUCUCCCACGUGCGCUUCUGGGUCCUGCAGAUCAUCUUCGUCUCCACGCCGUCCCUGGUGUACAUGGGCCACGCCAUGCACACGGUGCGCAUGGAGGAGAAGAGGAAGAUGAAGGAGGCAGAAAUUGAGGCCCGAGAGAAUAAAAAUGGUGCUGACGCCUACUACCAGCAGAAGUGCUCCCUGGCAGAGAAGGAGACUAAGCUGUCUGGCUGGGAUGAAGCAGGAGGCCAAAUCAUACUGAGGGGCAGCCUGCUGAACACCUACGUGUACAGCAUUUUGAUCCGCACCGCCAUGGAGGUGGCCUUCAUCGUGGGGCAGUACGUGCUGUACGGGAUCUUCCUGGAGACGCUGUACAUCUGCCAGCGGGCACCGUGCCCCCACCCUGUCAACUGCUACGUGUCCCGCCCCACCGAGAAGAACGUCUUCAUCGUCUUCAUGCUGGCCGUGGCAGUGCUCUCCCUCUUCCUCAGCCUGGCCGAGCUCUACCACCUGGGCUGGAAGAAAGCCAAGGAAAGGUGCUCCAGGUCUUACAAAGCCAGCCCCAGCACGGCCCCAGGCAGGCUGGAGUCUGCCCCGCAGGCGGACAGGCCACAGAUGUACACCCCGCCCCCGGAUUUUAACCAGUGCCUGUCCAGCCCCAACGGCAAGUUCAUCAGCCCCUUCAGCAACAAGAUGGCCUCCCAGCAGAACACCGCCAACUUCGCCACCGAGAGGGUCCACGGCCAGGAGGAUGCUGCUGGGGAAGGGCCCUUCCUCAAGUCCAGCUACGUGGAGAGUCCGGAGGUGGCCAGUGAAUGUGCAGCCCCUGCCUUCCCCGAGAGCUACUUCAGCGAGAAACGCCGGCUCAGCAAGGCCAGCCGUGCCAGCAGCAAGGCGAGGUCGGAUGAUUUGUCUGUGUGACCUGUCUCCAGCAGGGAUAGGAGAAGGAGCUGUCCCAGCACUCAGUAAAACUUCUGCAAAGUGGGCUCCAAACUCUUACCCCUAAGCUCCCUGUUUUAAUAUCCUCUCUCUAUCCUGUCCAGACAGCACCUCUCACAGCUCAAGGCAGGGGCAACCACAGGCACUGAAGAGAGACACCAGCCUUGUGCUAUGAAGCCCUCAGCUGUAUUUUCACCAUGGAACCCACAGGGAUUAGAGACUCCCACCCUUAGCCUGGUAGAGCAGGGGCCAGCAGACUGCUGCCCAGUGGGU